AUGGCGGGAGCCGCAGUAAAAUGGGUGAUACCAAAGAGAAUUGUCUUGAGAUGUUUAUUUCCAAUACAAAAUGUAGCUUCAUAUUGUGUUUGUAAUAAACCUACAUAUUCUUCUUCUCUACCAGAUGACUAUAAUUCCAAAGUAGGGCUUGCUUUGACAUCUGAUGGCAGGACAAUAGUAUGCUACCACCCUUCUGUGGACAUUCCAUGCGAACACACAAAACCUAUUCCUCUACCAGAUCCGGUGUGUAAUAAUGAAGAAACAUGUGAUCAAAUGCUGAAAACCAGAUUAGCAGAAAAAAGUGAACAAGGUGAACAAGGACCCAUGAUAGAACAACUUAGCAAAAUGUUCUUUACUACUAAGCACCGUUGGUAUCCUCGUGGACAGUAUCACACUCGUCGUAAGAAAUUGAAUCCUCCAAGGACAGAUGAUAUUGAGGUUUUCCAGGAAAUCGGAGAGAAAUGUUCCUCAUUUGCCAUUUGA